UGGUCCCCUGCUCGGCUCUAAUGUCACUUCAGCUUCUCGGAGUCUGAGCUGUCAGGGGUCCACGCAGCCACAGGGUCAUGGCACCAGUAAAGAAGGGCAUCUUGGAGCGUCUUAACGCCGGAGAGGUGGUAAUCGGGGAUGGAGGGUUUGUGUUCGCUCUGGAGAAGAGAGGCUACGUGAAGGCUGGACCCUGGACCCCUGAGGCGGCUGCAGAGCACCCAGAAGCUGUGCGUCAGCUGCACAGGGAGUUCCUGCGGGCCGGAUCCAACGUUAUGCAGACUUUCACCUUCUACGCCAGUGAUGACAAGCUGGAAAACAGAGGCAACAAGCUCACCUUCACCGGUGCUCAGAUCAACGAGGCCGCCUGCGAUUUGGCCCGGGAGGUCGCCAACGAGGGCAACGCUCUGGUUGCGGGAGGAGUGUCCCAGACUCCAUCCUACCUCAGCUGUAAGAGCGAUACAGAGGUGAAGGCCAUUUUCAAGAAACAGCUGGACGUCUUCGUCAAAAAGGACGUGGACUUCCUCAUCGCUGAGUACUUUGAGCACGUCGAAGAGGCUGUGUGGGCCGUGGAGGUGCUGAAGGAGACGGGGAAGCCCGUGGCUGCGUCUCUGUGCAUCGGACCUGAGGGAGACAUGCACGGCGUCUCACCAGGAGAGUGCGCUGUCAGGCUGGUCAAAGCUGGGGCUCAGAUUGUGGGAGUCAACUGCCACUUUGACCCCCUGACCUGUGUGAAGGCUGUGAAAAUGAUGAAGGAAGCGGUGGAGAAGGCCGGGCUAAAGGCUCACUACAUGGUGCAGCCGCUGGCGUACCACACGCCUGACUGCAACUGYCAGGGAUUCAUCGAUCUGCCAGAAUUCCCCUUUGGUCUGGAGCCCAGGAUCCUGACCCGCUGGGACAUGCACAAGUAUGCCAGAGAGGCCUACAACGCCGGCAUCCGCUACAUUGGCGGCUGCUGUGGCUUUGAGCCGUAUCACAUCCGGGCUGUGGCAGAGGAGCUGGCUGCAGAGAGGGGAACAAUGCCUCCCGGAUCAGAGAAACAUGGAAUGUGGGGAGCUGGUCUGGAGAUGCACACCAAACCCUGGGUCAGAGCCAGAGCCCGCCGUGAUUACUGGGAGAACUUAAAACCAGCCUCUGGUCGUCCGCACUGCGCCUCCUUGUCUGUCCCCGAUGGUUGGGGUGUUACCAAAGGCCAUGCUGAUCUCGUGCAGCAGAAAGAGGCUACGACCAAGGACCAACUCAAGCAGCUGUUCGACAGGUCAAAGACCCAAUGAAUCCUUCCAUUGCUCUCACAUCCGGCAGCUGACAUGRGUCAAACAGCUGCACUGUGAAGCUUCUUGUGAUAGAAAUAAUACUUUUAGGUUUAAGCCAGUUAAUUCAUGACAUACUUUAAUGACCUAGGUUUUCAUGACAUGCUGUUUAUCAGUAAAUAGACAUUCUGAUGGCUCAAUGUUGUUCUCUGUGUUCCUGUUGUUGCAAUAAAACUCAGCUGACCAUUC